AUGACAGAAGACACACAAGGGCAGACGGGUGUCUUGCGCAGGCCACAGAUGGGCGGCGGGCGGAAGAUAGCCUGCAGUCACGUGGUGCGGCAAGUACCGGUGACUAAGCGGGAGGCAAAUAAAAAGUCGCCAGACCGAAGAGGGAAAAAGACGGAAUUCAAUGAAAGAAAGGGACUAGGGGGAAAGCAGCAGGUGAGAGAAGACGAGAUAAGGAGAAUGUCAGUUGGAGCUCAAAUGCUCGUCAAUCCACAAUCUGCACGUGCCAAGCCGCGAUGGCUGCCUGAGGCCAGAAACCAGGUGUUGGUGCCUGGAGUAAGAGCUGAAAGGGAUUGGGGGGGAAGAAGCGAUGAGGAAGAUACAGUGAAGAAGGAGAGAUGGAGCGCAGUCCAGGGGCAGCCGAGGACACAAAGGGCGGUCGGAGGGGGCGUGAAUGGCAGGGUAAAAGGAAAGCGUGACCGGCGCGCAGCAGCUCUCAGCUCAGCUCCAGAAACAGAGACUGAGAAAGUCGGAGGGGGUGCUAGAAUCCUUAAGUACGAACGGUCGCGUUGCGCCCGUCCGUCCUCUGCCGCUAACUCCAUCGGCCACGCUAGUCCCAAUUAUUCUAGUUCAAGCCAUUCCGCAGCCGCUGAUUGGUCCAGGGAUGACGCGUUCUACGAGAUACGAGUUGUUAUUGGCUGUAACCAACCCUGGACGGUGGACCCAGGUUCCGGGUACCAGAAGUUCCCUUUGUCGGAAACAUCGAAAACAACAAGAGAGGCAUUCCACAACCUUCCAAACCUUGGAGGAAUAACGAUCGGCACAGAGCCCCCAUCAUCCCAUUUCAUCGACAAGAUGCAUCGUGAUGAUACUGGAAGUGAGUCAGAAGUGCAUCAUGGAUUCGGGGUGAAGCCUGUUGAGCUGGACGCCGAGCCAGGCUGUGGAGGUCACCAGACCUGA